AUGGGGGAGGAACAGAAGAAACUAGAGGAAAAGAAUCCGGAGGAAAAGAAACCAGAGGAAGGGAAAAAACCAGGGGAAGAGAAAAGAGAAGACCCAAAAUCCGAAAAACCAAGCGACGGAAAGGGAGAAGAGAAAAAAGGAGAGGAACCCAAGGAUGGAAAAGAUUCCAAAGACCCACCACCUCCUCCUCCUCCUCCUCCUCAAGAGAUUGUUCUCAGAGUCUUCAUGCAUUGCGAAGGUUGCGCCAGAAAAGUCCGUCGAUGCCUCAAAGGGUUCGAAGGAGUUGAGGAUGUUGAGACGGAUUGCAAGACGCAUAAGGUCGUUGUGAAGGGAGAAAAGGCAGAUCCAUUGAAGGUACUUGAGAGAGUACAGAAAAAGAGUCACCGACAGGUUGAGCUUCUCACUCCGAUCCCGAAACCGCCGGCCGACGAACCCAAAAAAGUUGAAGAGAAAGAAAUUGCCAAACCCGAACAAAAAACAGAGGAGCCUCAGGUGAUUACAGCGGUUUUGAAAGUCCACAUGCAUUGUGAGGCUUGUUCGCAAGUAAUCAAGAAACGUAUAGAAAGAAUGAAAGGUGUUGAGAGUGCAGAGCCAGAUCUAAAGAGCUCACAAGUGACAGUGAAAGGGGCGUUGGAGCCACAAAAUCUGGUGGAAUACAUACACAAGAGAACAGGGAAGCAGGCAGUGAUUGUGAAGGUAGACCCAGAGAAGAAAGAGGAAGAAGAUAAAGCCAAAGAAGAGAAAAAAGGAGAAGAAAAGGAUGACAAGAAAGUUGAAGAAGAGAGCAAAGAGAAGAAGAAGGAAGCCAUUGAAGAAGCUGCAAAAGCAGCAGCAGCAGCAGCAGCAGCAGCGGCAGAGGGAGAAGAACAAGAGCCCAUAAUUGAGCUAAAAAAGAAUGAAUAUCACAACUACUUCCCACACAACUUCCAGCUCUAUAAUCAAGGUUUUACCCAAGAAUAUUAUGCAUUCCCCCCUCCUCCUCCUCAAAUCUACAUUGAUGGAAACCCUAAUGCAUACCCUCCUCAAAUCUUCAGUGAUGAAAACCCUAAUGCAUACCAUCCUCAAAUCUUCAGUGAUGAAAACCCUAAUGCAUGCUCAGUUAUGUAA